CCGGCAACAGCUUCAAACUCCACCAGAUGAAGUCCGUCAAGGGCAUCACGCUGCAGGCGAUGAAGAAGCAGGGCGUGUCGGGCGAAAGCUGCGACCUGAUGGGCAGCCAAUCGAGCGACAUCAAGAUACCGAAGUACAAGAAGGAUUUCAGCGCGAAGCAGCUGAUCAAAGACGCAAUCAUGGAGAACGACUUCUUCAAAAAUAUCGACUCGCUCCAGAUAAGGGAGAUCGUCGACUCGAUGUACAGCCGCGAGUACCGCAAGGGGGAGUACGUCAUCCACGAAGGCGAGGCAGGCUCCCACCUCUACAUAUCGGCCGCUGGCGAGUUCGAGGUCAUCAAGGAUGGCAAGGUGCUGGGAGCGAUGGGCCCGGGCAGGGCGUUCGGUGAGCUGGCGAUACUCUACAACUGCACGCGCACCGCCUCGAUUCGGGUGCUGUGCGAUUCACGUGUGUGGGUACUGGACCGAAGAGUAUUCCAGCAGAUCAUGAUGCGUACGGGAAUGCAGCGCAUCGAGGAGAACGUGAACUUCCUCAAAUCGGUACCUCUGUUGAAGCAUCUUAGCAACGACGUGCUGACGAAGAUAGCUGACGUCCUUGAAGUAGAAUUCUAUCCAGCCGGUGCAUACAUCAUCCGUCAAGGUGCCGCAGGAGACACGUUUUUCCUCAUUAGCCAAGGAACGGUUAAGGUGACCCAACGACUACCAGGCCGCUCGGUGGACGAAGAGAUUCGCAUACUCGUCCGUGGAGAGUACUUCGGGGAGCAGGCGCUCAUUAAGGAGGACAAGCGGACGGCCAACAUUAUCGCCAUGUCACCCGGUGUCGAGUGUCUCACGCUGGACCGGGAGUCAUUCACCAAGCACAUCGGCGACCUGUGCGAGCUGCAGGAGAAAAACUACGGCGACGAGGAGCGCGUGCUGGCCUUCAGAAAUCUGGAGAAUACCCAUCCUUCGUUGGGCUCCUGCCAACCGGGUAAGUGUCUUCAUACACCCUCAUCUCGGUCGCUUGCUGACUUUUUCAUCCCUCUUGUUUUUUUCCCAGAAUUGAUGGACGUCAAUCUGUCCGAUUUGGAGGUGGUCGGAACUCUCGGCGUCGGUGGAUUUGGACGGGUGGAGCUAGUCAAGGUGGAACGUAAUGGUGACACGCAGGUGUACGCGCUCAAGUGCAUGAAAAAGCGCCACAUCGUGGACACGCGGCAGCAGGAGCACAUGUACAGCGAGCGGAAGAUUAUGCUGGCCUGUCAGAGCCCCUUCAUCUGCCGACUGUAUCGGACGUACAAGGACACCAAGUUCGUCUAUAUGCUGUUGGAGGCAUGCAUGGGCGGCGAAGUGUGGACGAUCCUGCGCGAUCGUGUCACGUUCGAGGACUCAACGGCUAAGUUUAUCGUCGCCUGUGUCCUGCAGGCGUUCGACUUUCUGCAUGCGCGAGGCAUCGUGUAUCGGGACUUGAAACCGGAGAACCUACUGCUGGACGCGAGGGGCUACGCCAAGCUGGUCGACUUUGGAUUCUCCAAAUUCAUUGGUUACAGCAACAAAACGUGGACGUUUUGCGGUACGCCUGAGUACGUUGCACCGGAAAUUAUUCUCAAUAAGGGUCACGACCGCUCAGUCGACUAUUGGGCGCUUGGUAUCCUGAUUCACGAGCUACUGACCGGAAUCCCUCCUUUUACCGCGGCGGAUCCGAUGAAAACGUACAACAUUAUCCUGAAGGGAAUCGACAUGGUGAACUUCCCCAAACACAUGUCACGUGCUGCGGUAAGCUUAAUAAAGCGACUUUGCCGCGACGUUCCCUCAGAACGACUCGGCUAUCAGCGAGGCGGAGUGCAGGACAUUAAAAAGUACAAGUGGUUCCAGGGCUUCGACUGGGACGGUUUGGUUGCACUAACGCUCAAAUCGCCUCUGCAACCUAACCUGCACGGACCGCUGGAUAUGUCCAACUUCGACAUUUUCCCCAAAGACUUGGACAUUCCGCCGGACGAGCAGUCCGGGUGGGAUGCGGACUUUUAGAAAGCGAGCUUAACCCGACACCGGAUAGAGGUGUCGCCCCCACACAAGAUCAAUCGAUUGAAUAGUGAUAUAAUACGAGAAACAAACACAAUCUGCAAUACACG